AUGGCUAUAGCAUCUGUGCCAAAGCUUUACUCUGCAUGGUUUUGCCCUUUUGCACAAAGAGCUUGGAUUGCUUUGGUAGCAAAGGGUGUAGAAUUUGAGUACAUAGAACAAGACCCUUACAACAAAACAUCAGAGUGGUUGACCAUCAAUCCUCGAGGAAUGGUACCAGUUAUUGUUCAUAAAGGCAAAACAAUUUAUGAAAGUUCAGUAUGCAUUGAGUAUGUCGAUGAAACAUGGUCAACAGGGUCAAGACUGCUACCUGCAGAUCCCUAUUACAGAGCCCAUGCAAGAAUUUGGGGAGAUUUUAUUGGAAAGAAAAUUGUUCCAUCCUUUUAUGCCCUCUUGAUGAAACAAAACGAGUCUGAGCAAGAGGAGAUUAAAUCUCAAUUGAUGAGUCACUUACUUGAGUUUGUGAAAGCCAUGGAUAUUAAAGGACCUUUCUUCCAGGGUGAAAAGUUGGGCUAUGUUGACAUCAUGUUGGCUCCCCAUGCAGUAAGGUUCUUUAUUCUCAAGCAUUAUCGUUGCUUUGAAGUUCCUAAAAGUGAGGAGUUCAAAAGAUUCCAUAUCUGGUGUGAAGCUGUAAGAAAUGCCUCUGCUGUGAAGGUUACAUUGCAAGAUGAAAGCAAACUUUUAGAUUCUUACAAAAGAUAUGCAGAUGCCAGUGCUACAUCUCAAGUUGCUGAUGCCAUCAGAAAGGGAGGGACAAUGCCUUAA